UUCAGUCACUGACGGCGGGGCGGGGCUGUGACGGAUUAUGCUGCAGCUUGCAGAGCGGGUCUCUCCAGAAGGGUGGCCGAUCGUUUUGACGUCACAGCGUGGGCUCAGCAGUCGCCUAUUGAUCUGUCUGCUAGGUUUACGGGGGUCGCUUGCUCCGGCCUCCCAAGGCGUCCUUAUUGUUGGAAGGACGGCCUUUCAGACGUCACAGCGCUCCGUUCUUGGCCGAAACUCGUUGCUGCAGCCCUCAGGACGGGAGAGCGCGGGUAUUUGCUGCGGGAUGCGCUAGAGGAGGGCGGCAGGUACAAUCUCUCUCCACACGCUGACUUCCCCCUCAGGUAUCCCGGGCAGAAGUUGUAAUCCUGCAUUUCUGGUUGAUGAAAUGUCUGCACCAUCUCAGCUUCUUUUUCCUCUAAUAAGACACUGUGAUCUUGGCAGGAUAUGCCGCUCUGUUUGUUACUGUCACCAUAAACCACUUUGUUGCCUACCAAGACCGGCAUCUCCUAAACACUUCUGUUAUGGAUCAGAAGCUAAGUUUCCUUCACCUUUUCACCAGCACAGAGAACACUGUGUUCAAACAAGGAAAUAUGUUACUACUCCACAGAGGUUUUACCUGACUCCUCCACAAGUCAACAGUAUACUCAAGGCCAAUGAAUAUAGUUUUAAAGUUCCAGAGUUUGAUGGAAAAAACAUAAGCUCAAUCCUUGGCUUUGAUAGUAACCAGUUGCCAGCAAAUGCCCCAAUCGAGGAUCGGAGAAGUGCAGCUACAUGUUUACAGACCAGAGGGAUGCUGCUUGGUGUGUUUGAUGGCCAUGCAGGGUGUGCGUGUGCUCAAGCUGUUAGCGAAAGACUAUUUUAUUACAUUGCUGUUGCUCUGCUACCUCAGGAAACUUUACUUGAGAUAGAAAAUGCUGUGGAAAGUGGCCGGGCACUGCUGCCCAUAUUGCAGUGGCACAAACAUCCCAAUGAUUAUUUUAGUAAAGAGGCUUCCAAGCUAUAUUUCAACAGUUUGAGGACCUACUGGCAGGAGUUGAUUGACCUAAACACAGGGGAGACAACUGAUGUUAAGGAGGCAUUGAUUAAUUCCUUCAAAAGACUUGAUAAUGAUUUGUCUCUGGAAGCGCAAGUAGGAGAUCCAAACUCGUUUCUGAAUUACUGGGUGUUAAGAGUUGCCUUUUCGGGGGCUACAGCAUGUGUGGCCCAUGUUGAUGGUUUGGACCUGCAUGUGGCCAACACGGGUGAUGGCAGGGCUUUGCUUGGUGUGCAGGAAGAAGAUGGGUCUUGGUCUGCAGUUACUAUGUCCCAUGAUCAUAAUGCUCAGAAUGAAUCUGAGAUAGAACGCCUGAAGUCAGAGCACCCAAAGGAGGAAAAGAGUGUUGUCAAGCAAGACCGGCUUCUAGGGCUCUUGAUGCCUUUCAGAGCAUUUGGAGAUGUCAAGUUCAAGUGGAGCAUUGAUCUUCAAAAACGUGUUGUUGAAUCUGGCCCAGAUCAGUUGAAUGACAAUGAAUACACUAAGUUCAUCCCACCCAACUACCACAGUCCACCUUACUUAACAGCUGAACCUGAGGUUAUAUAUCACAGGUUAAGGCCUAAAGAUAAAUUUCUCAUAUUGGCUACAGAUGGCCUUUGGGAAACUAUGCAUAGACAAGAUGUGGUAAGAAUUGUUGGAGAGUACCUAACAGGUGUUCAUCAUCAGCAGCCUAUAUCUGUUGGUGGAUAUAAGGUCACCUUAGGACAAAUGCAAGGACUCCUUACGGAGAGAAGGGCCAGAAUUUCAUCUGCAUUUGAGGAUCAGAAUGCAGCCACCCACCUUAUACGACAUGCUGUGGGCAACAAUGAGUUUGGAGCUGUAGACCAUGAACGUUUGUCAAAAAUGCUUAGCCUUCCAGAAGAGUUGGCAAGAAUGUAUAGGGACGAUAUUACUAUUAUAGUCGUUCAGUUUAAUUCGCAUGUCAUUGGAGCAAGUCAGGAUGAGUAAUUUGCUCAUUACAUAAAUCUUGAUUACCAAAAGUUUGUAAGGUGGGCUUAUGUUAGAAUGCUUUUAGUUGCAUGAGAAAUCUGCUAUCUGUGUUUAAGCUGUAUCCUCUGAUCACCUUUCCUUACAUUAAAGUGAGCGAGACGUGCAUGGCUGAUCCCCUCUACUGGAAGUGC